AUGCUCGGAAUCCUAGGCAUACUAGAUGGGGGUCCUUUAGGACAGACCUUGACAGUUAAAUUUACUUGUUUUAUAAUGGAUCUUUGGCUUAAAACAGGUGUUUUGAAGAAAACAGCGAUUUCAGCUACAGAUGCAGAAAUGCAGGGAUCUAACUCCAACAGGUACGGAUUUGUACAUUUUAAGUAUUUGCCUGAAUCGAGUAUUGUUUUUAGCAAUAUGGAAAAAGAAAAUAGGGAAAUAGCUCACACUGAAGACACAGAAUUGCAGAUAUUGAGAAAAUCCGAGUCUGUUGCGAGUGUACUAACAUCAGCUGAAAUAAUUGAUUGUCAAACAUCUGGUCCAUCAAAGAUGAGUAUAUUUAAUAAAUAUUACAUUUUUUUCUGUGCUAGAGUUAGUUGUUCUUUUUGUUUAAUAAAUAUUUGUUUCUUCAAUCAAUUGAAACUUCUUCUAUGGGAUUCCAGUCACAAUGAUUAUAAAAACAGAAACAAAAAACACGACGCCACUCAAGAGUCGGCUCAAAGUUUCAGUUGUGACGCGACUGAGGUAAUGAGAAAAUGGAAGACUAUUUUGGCUCAGUACCGAAGAGAAAAGAAGAAAAUAGCGGAUUCAAAAUCUUCAGGUUCUGGGUUUUCAGAUUUAUAUAAGCCAAGAUGGUUUGCUUAUGCAUACCUGAAUUUAUUCCAUGGAAGGGAUGAACCGAACACCAGCAUGAACUCACAAGACGAAAUAAAUGAACAGCUAAUACAAGAAGAACAUACUACAGUAAAUGAAAGUCAAGAAUCAUCUCAUGAAAGGCCAUUACUAAGGGAAAUUCAAUUUGUAUCAUCAGUAACAAUCAUAUCGAUAUGA